GCCAAUUGGGACUCAAACAGAAGUGUCCGGCAGUUGUCAAACUUGUCAACGAGUUCUCUCGAACCGGCACUGGCUCGGAUGAGGACUCCCUUGAGAUCUUGUUGCUUGGAAACAUGCCAGGCGACGUGGAGCCGGCGAAAGCUCUUCGAACGUUAUAUCCGGGUGUGUCGGUUAAGACCUGUUUGUUGAAAGAGGUCCCAACUCUGCUCGAAUUGGAACGCCAACUGUUUUAUCUGCUGCACUCACUGAUAGGCUUGAUGAAUGACAAUGGUGAAGUAGAUGAUUAUACUAUCGCCCAGGCUGCUGAAUUUGCUGAAAUUGAUGAGUACUCGGAAGAGUGUGCGUUGAGAAGAGCCACCUUGACGGCCACAGCUGCGGUGGAGGAGGCUGCCACUUCUACUGGAAUCUCCAAGUCUCCUGAACAUAACAAGCCGCAGAAACAUGGGUACCGUCGGAGGUCUCUUGUUUGUGAAGCAUAAGACUUGCAGUUGUUGACUUUGUAUUUUUCGCCAUGGCUGAAUAACUCUGAUUCAUAUUGUGGUGCCCGGGGUUCACUCACUAUCAUACCGACUACAGGGCAAUACCCCAUCCGUUUCAGUCAUACUAUUCUGUCCACAGUGGAAGCUCUUUCUGUAGUCGUUUUAUCGUGGGCACUUGAGCUCAUUCUGACGGCUGUUUGUACAAUGUCUUUUACUUAUACUGCUGCUACUACUACUACUACUACUACUAUCUCCAAAGUAGCGCUGUCGUAGUAACAGAACUACUCUACUUCUUAUUCUUCGUACUGUCUACAGGGGUUAUCACAGUUGGGGUGCAGUUGUCGUGAUGUGUAUUUUUAUCGUAUCUUUCUACUAGUCGUAGAGUGUCAGAGGAUACAUUACCCCCAAGUCUAUUGGAUGUCGUCUCAGCAGGUUGACUGAUGCCAGUCUUAGAAUAUUCGGGUUAUUUUCUGAGAUGUUUUUGUCUAUGGACCGUCACUAUUGCUCGAGAUCUCGAGUCAAAGGUCCCUUAGAUCCUCUCAUUUCGUUGUCAACUGCAUCCUCUAUUUGGGGUCAGCGUUAUAGAUAGUACAGUAAGCGCCGUGCUCGCAUCGAGUGGAGGAUGGCCACUGACGAGAUGGAUUUUUUCUUAACAUUUUACCUCAUGGGAAGACCUGGGUUGAGAUGAGAAUAGCCAA